GCCAACAUUUGUGUAUUGUGGACUUUUGUUAUCAUUAUCAAAAUAAUGUACAUUCAUGCAGAAAUAUGUGGUGGCAUUCUUGAAAAGUCUUCAGGGUAUAUAUCUCCACCAUUGAUAAACAACACCUAUCAGUCUGACAGUUUCUGUCGAUGGGAAAUAAAAAGCAACAAAAAUAGCAGCAUUAUUUUAACAUCAACAGAUUUUUCCGUUGAAGAAUCACCCGGAUGUAUUUGGGACUACCUAGAUGUAAGAGAUGGUGAGGACAAUGCUACCUACUCUGUGGGCAGGUUUUGUGGGUAUGAUGAUAUAUACUUCAUAUCAGAGUCACCUGCUGUGUACAUUUAUUUCGUUACAGACCAACUUCAAAAUUAUCAGGGGUUUACACUUCAGUAUCAUGAGACAGGAGAGACAGAUUCUUCACAGUGUAAUACUAUCAUCAGCAGUGAGAGUUAUAUUACAUCUCCAGGAUAUCCUGAUAAUUAUCCAAGAUCAACAACAUGUUUGUAUAGAAUAGUCGCUCCUGAGCACCAACGUGUCCAGCUGAAAAUUUUGAAGAUGUCAAUUACCGAUGAUAGGUGCAUGUUUGAUCGACUGGAAAUAUUUGACGGAACAACCAGUCAGUCCAGAAGACUGAUGACAUUAUGUGGUACCACAUCACGUGAUAUUAUAUCAAGAGGUAGUAGUAUGUUGGUAGUAUUUAUUUCGGACUACAUGUUAGAAAGCAGAGGAUUUCUAGCUGAAAUAAAAUUCAUCACUGAAGUCAAUGAGAACAAUGCACAGAUGGUUGAAAACCAAUCAAAUCAACUAUGUGGAAUUAAAAUCGAAGGUUCAAUGAAGGGAACUAUAACUAGUCCAGGAUACCCGGAUGUUUAUGGGAACAAUGUCAACUGUUCUACAACAAUCAUAGCUCCUCUACCAGAUCAUCAAAUCAUGAUACAGUUUACACACAUGGAGAUUGAGGAAUCAGACAACUGCUCAUUUGAUAGAGUUUCACUUUUUCUCGACUCUUACUCAGAUUCUCCUGAGGUUAUUUUAUGUGCAAAAUCAGCAUCAGAUAAGUUAUACUUUUCAAGGGAUGGCUUGCUGAAAAUACGGUUUACAACAGACAGCUUAAUUACAUGGACAGGAUUCUCUGCAAAUUACACUAUAAUACCACGUCAAGUGUGCUAUCCAAGAUGUCAAAACAACAGUGUCUGUAUCAAAGAUGGACAAAACUACAGAUGUAUUAAAGGACAAAAAUGUGCUACCAAUUUGUGCAACCAUGGUCACUGUAUUAAAAAGGGACUGGCUGAUGUACAAUGCUUUUGUCAUGAAGGAUAUAAUGGUUUAUUCUGUACAGACGAAAUAAAAAUCGAGGUGGAAAAACUGAAAUUCAUUAAAACACCAACAGAUCAACUCAUUGAGCCUGGAGAACGUAUCAUAUUAGAAUGUCAAGUCAACGAUGAUACAGCUGAUUACAUGUGGUUUUAUGAAGAUCUAAUGCUACAAACUGAGAAAAACAGUGUUACAGUACUCCCUGGAGGAGUUCUAGAUAUUUCUGAAUUCAGCAGAACUUUAGAAGGACUAUAUAAAUGUCUAGCCAGUACAUCAUCGGACUUUUUAGAACAUGAAUUUAGACUAAUCCUUGCAGAGCCGUGCAAUUUAUCUGUAGAAGUGCCCCCUAUGGAUACAGUGGUAGAAGAAUCUUCAGUCGUGUUGAUGUCAUGUUAUUCCCAACAAGCCGUAAACGUUACCUGGUAUAAAGAUGCUGUGAUCAUAGCUGAUACUAUGAAAUAUGAGACGUUGAGUGAAGGACAAUAUUUAGCAGUGUCAAAUGUAGUACCUACUGACGCGGGGGAAUAUACGUGUCAAGUCACGAGUAAUGACGGUUGCCAUGUCGAACGAUCUGCCCAAUUAUCAGUGAUUCCGGCAUCAGGAUUCAAUUCCUACUGUGCGAGAGAUGUUCUGGUUCACAAUCCGCGUGUCAGAAUGUCAGGGAGAAUAACACUCGGCUACUCUGUAGAUAAGGCUUCAGCACCAUGGCAUGCUGUUUUACGAAUGCGUAGUCAGGAUAAGACGUUCUGUGGUGCCAAUCUCAUAUCGGGUUCAUGGCUAAUAACCGCAGCUCAUUGUAUUCGUCAUUUUCACAUUGAAUUUAAAGAAAUGUUUACCAAAGAAAAGGUCGAUAUUUUCCUGGGAACAAAUAGUUGCAAUGGCGAAAGUGGGGUUAAAUAUGGUAUAAAGUCUUACGUUGUUCAUCCAAAUUUUGGCGCACGUGCUGUUUAUGAUAAUGACGUAGCCUUAAUUGAGUUGGACAGAUCGGUCACGUUUACGGAAGAUAUUCAACCAGUCUGUCUACAACCAUCUUCUAUCAUUAACAAUAAUUACCUAACCCAUAAACUCGGUCAUAAAAUAGGCCGUGUGGUAGGAUGCGGGCAAUAUAGCGAAUUCCGGAAAGAAGCACCAGAAUAUCUGAGGGAGGUUUACGUACCUUAUGUAAAUCGUAAAGAUUGUGCGUCUGUCAAUAUUGGUCAAGGCAAUUUUACUGAUAGCAUGUUUUGUGCUGGUUACUCUAGGAGAAAUAUGGGAGACGCAUGCUUUGGUGAUAGCGGCGGAUCUCUCACUAUGAGACUCUCAGAAAACCAUCCUUGGGUGUUGGUCGGAAUUGUUUCGUGGGGAGUUGGGUGUGAUAGGAGUAAUCACUAUGGUUACUAUACACAUGUUGCAGCUUUCGAAAACUGGAUACAAAAUUACACGAUAUCUGAUCGAGAUCCUUAGUACUUUGCUUUACAUCUGCAAAACUAUAAUUAUAUUAUUAUUGUUAGAUAACAUGACCAUUUUAAACAUUAAAGCUUAUAACUUUGCUAUGUAUGUAGUCUACUCUACUUAGGUUUUCGAUUCAUGCAUCAUUUUUAUUGAAAAUACUGAAUAGUGCAGGAAAUUAUCUACAAAAUGGAGGCAUUAGUACACACCUAACAACGAUAUACCAAUAUUUGUCCCCUAAACAUAAAAAAAUGUAUAGUUGUGUUGCAGUUCAC